AUGGAAGAUUGCAUCCCUAGCUCCAACGAUCUUGCUGAUCCCAAAAUCUAUACACUCAUCUUCCACAUCAUAACAUGUCUAGAAAUGCCUAUUCACGCCUACGGAGCAUACUGUAUUCUAUACAAAACGCCACUUCAGAUGGCUUCCGUCAAAUGGAUAAUGCUCUAUUGUCAUGUUCUGAAUGCCCUGCUAGAUUUGAGCAUCAGUCUAUCCGUCCCUUAUAUCUUUCAUCCAACGUAUUCCGGACUUGCACUUGGUAUUAUCAACUUUCCAGAACUCCAAGUUUAUAUAGUAACUUCUUUGUUUGGGUUGGUUACUGUAUCGAUAUGGUGUAUAUAUGAAAAUCGUUAUUACAUUCUUUACGGAGAAAAUGAGAAUCCAUUUUGGUGUAAUGCACGAAAACCUGUAAUGGUAAUCAACCACAUGUCAACAUUGCUUUAUUUUGUUCCCGCGUUUUUCGAGUUGCCCAAUCAAGAUAAAGCCUUCGUGGAUUUGAAAAAGAUCCUUCCAUGCAACAUCCAGCAAUUCUACGAUGAUCGAAAAGUUUUUAUUCUCACCUUGGAUUCAGCUACUCCGUUGUAUUGUGUAUUUUUCUUUAAUUUGUUCGCCGUAGGACAGUGCCUAAUUUUCUUCAUCACCACUCUCACCAAAUUAAUCAGACAGAGCCGUAAUAAGGCGUUGGCUGCUUCUCAGCGGACAUUAAAAAUGAGAAGGAAGCUAGUGAUGGCCAUAGUGAUACAAACACUCUGCCCCUGCAUUCUCAUAAGCAUACCUAUGGAGUACCUAAUCACAUCUACCUACUUGAACCACUACGAUCAAUCUUUGAACAGAUUAGUCAUGAUUUUCUUCGCGCUUCAUGGAAUUUUCGCCACGUUAACUAUGGUUUUCAUACAUCAACCGUAUCGAGAGGCAACGUUUGAAAGCGUAUAUUGGCUUUUCAGAUGGACAAGGAAAGCCAGAAAAGCCGAUGAUUCACAAAAAGUCAGUGCUGUAGUUGUGACAAUGUAA